UUGAUAACAGAUGAAGGCGUGUAAUCAAUUUAAUGUUCUGUUGUUGUUCUGUACUUCUGUGCUUUAAUCAUAAAGUUGACCAAAAAUUGAACAGUCAACAAUUAAUAUUCAGUAUCAGUAAUACUUGAAAUACGAUUUAAAUAGACACUACUGAAUACGUAAACGAGUAACGAUGAUAGAAGAAAACGUAAGCAUAAAUCAUGAUCUUUCGCGAUUGUGACGUUAGCUGAUCGAUCAGAAUAAUUCGUGGUCUUCAGUCUUCACAGUUUGCAUCUGUUCAUCAUUUGUUCUUUUCACGCACAUCAGAAGUGUGGAAAUGCAUUUGAAAUGGAAGCCUACUAUAUGUGGGAGCGUGUCCAUUUAACCGAGGACAUGAGUCGGUCGUGCAGCUCCUGCGACUGUGUUACUUAUUCGUAUUUUUUGAUAUCUGUGUUCCUAUUCACAUUGGGCUCUAUUAUAUCAGUGUUUUCAUUUGGAGCAUUUGAUGACACUGUCUUCGCCAACUUUGGUCACAUGUGGAUGGUUGGACCACUCUGCAUCUGUUCAGCCGUUAUGAUCGGCAUUAGAAAUGUACUGUACUUACGUAGGCGCCGCAUCAUUGACAUGGUCAUCCGCCAACAGAUAGAGGACAUACGAUCUCAACAGGGGCAGUUGACAGACACUCAACAACAGUAUUCAUUACCAAUACGCACUGUGAGUGAACUUACCUUGCCUCCAUCUUAUGAACAGUUGAUUGGCAGUCACAGUGAAGAGAGUAGUAACCUACCACCACCAUCAUAUGAAGAAGCUAUAGUUAGCAUGUCCAAGGAAUCAACUAAAAGUGAUAAUAUUAUUGUUCUUAAUUAUUCUGUUAAAUGAUCUUGCAAAUAUGUCUUAAUUAUGGAGGUAUAUGAUAGAAAUUAUUACAUUAUCAAUGAGAAAAUUAUUUCAGAAAAUUAAUUUUCUAUUCUGGAUAUAACAUCUCUCUUGAAAAUAAUAUAGCAUAAUUAUACUCAAUCAGCCAAUUAAACAUUGGUAUAAAUUACAAUCGGGUUUUUUUUUUUUUUUUAAUUAGAACUAAAUUAAUAAUACCUGCAAAAAAUAAAAAUAUGAUCCCCAGUCAUUUGUAAAUAAUUACUUUUUACGUUCAAUAGAUUUGUUCUUAAUAUUGCCUGUAUGAAUGUUACUCAAUGACAUACUUAUUACAUAAAUAUAUUAAAGAAAUGUAUACAUAAGAAA